UUGGCGGAGGGAUACAUUACUAAGCUCUCUCGCUCCUCUCAUUCUGGCUUGUUGUUUCCUCCUCCUCCCUCCGCCUGGCUUUGCAUGGUGGAGAGCGCAGGCUUCCCUAUUUUUCUUUUCUGCUCUAAACCCUGACAGUUCCAGAGGCAGGGCCCGGGGAUCCGCUCCGGCGGUGGUAGCGAGAGUAGGAGUGAAGCAUUACUAGGAAGGGGGGAUACGCAGCUACCCCAACAUGUCCUCUUCUAACAACCAGCACAGCACCGAGCUCAGAUCCGAGCUCUAUUUCCUCAUUGCCAGAUUUCUGGAAGAUGGACCCUGUCAGGAAGCAGCACAGGUUCUGAUCCGAGAAGUGGAGGAGAAGGAGUUACUUCCGAAAAGGGUAGACUGGACGGGGAAAGAACACGCGAGGACUUACCACAAUUUGGUGAAAUAUUAUCGACACUUGGCACCUGACCAUUUACUAGAAAUAUGUCGAAGGAUAGGACCUCUUCUGGAAAAAGAUGUUCCUCAGAGUGUCCCGGGCAUACAGACCCUUUUGGGUGCAGGGCGACAAUCUCUGCUUCGCACAAACAAAAGUUGCAAGCAUGUUGUGUGGAAGGGAUCAGCUCUUGCAGCUUUACAUUGUGGAAGGCCUCCAGAGCCACCCAUAAAUUAUGGAAGCCCACCAAGCAUUGCAAACACAUUUUUUGCAAGAAAGCUGAAUGGAAACUACCAGUUUGAAAACCUUGUACCAACAGCUGUUUACCAGCACAUGAAAAUGCACAAACGAAUUCUAGGCCACCUUUCCUCUGUAUACUGUGUAACAUUUGACAGAACUGGCAGAAGAAUUUUUACGGGAUCUGAUGAUUGUCUAGUAAAGAUAUGGGCAACAGAUGAUGGGCGUCUCCUUGCAACAUUAAGAGGACAUGCUGCAGAAAUUUCUGACAUGGCAGUAAAUUUUGAAAACACUAUGAUAGCUGCUGGAAGCUGCGACAAAAUGAUCCGAAUUUGGUGUCUUCGAACAUGUGCACCACUUGCUAUACUGCAAGGGCACAGUGCAUCCAUUACAUCAUUACAGUUUUCUCCUUUGUGCAAUGGAUCAAAGCGAUACCUUUCCUCCACUGGAGCAGAUGGCACCAUUUGUUUUUGGCUUUGGGAUGCAGGGACUCUUAAAAUAAACCCCCGACCAACAAAGUACACUGAGCGACCUCGGCCUGGAGUUCAGAUGAUUUGUUCUUCCUUUAGCCCUGGUGGAAUGUUUCUGGCAACUGGGAGCAGUGAUCAUGUAAUUAGAGUUUACUACUUUGGAUCAGGUCAACCAGAGAAGAUCUCAGAACUUGAAUUUCACACUGACAAAGUGGACAGCAUUCAGUUUUCUAAUACUGGAAAUAGAUUUGUUAGUGGAAGCCGUGAUGGCACUGCUCGCAUUUGGCAAUUUAAGAGACGCGAAUGGAGGAGCAUUUUGCUAGAAAUGACCACUCGCCCAACUGGUGUUCAGGGAUUUGAAGACAAGAUAACAAAAUUAAAAGUAACUAUGGUGGCCUGGGACCGUCAUGACAACUUUGUUAUCACAGCUGUCAACAACAUGACUUUGAAAGUCUGGAAUUCCUGCACUGGACAACUUGUCCAUAUAUUGAUGGGCCACGAGGAUGAAGUUUUUGUGCUAGAAUCACACCCUUUUGAUCCAAGAGUUUUGUUUUCUGCUGGUCAUGAUGGAAAUGUGAUAUUAUGGGAUUUAGCACGAGGUGUGAAGAUAAGAUCUUACUUCAACAUGAUUGAAGGGCAAGGUCAUGGAGCUGUGUUUGACUGCAAGUGCUCACCGGAUGGACAGCACUUUGCAUGUACAGACUCCCAUGGCCAUCUACUGAUAUUUGGCUUUGGUUCCAGCAGCAAAUAUGACAAGAUAGCAGACCAAAUGUAUUUUCACAGUGAUUAUCGGCCUCUUAUACGGGAUGCAAACAACUAUGUGUUGGAUGAACAAACACAGCAGGCUCCUCAUCUUAUGCCCCCUCCAUUUCUGGUAGAUGUUGAUGGUAACCCACAUCCAUCACGUUAUCAGCGACUCGUCCCUGGUCGGGAAAACUGCAGAGACGAGCAGCUUAUUCCUCAAAUGGGGUUGACAUCCUCAGGGAUGAAUCAGGUACUCAGCCAGCAAGCUAACAAUGAAGCGAGUCCUUUGGAUAGCUUGAUUCAAAGGCUUCAACAAGAGCAAGACCAGAGAAUGAAUGCAGAGACAUCUAGUGGUUCCAACAGCCGCACAGGCAGAGCUUCUGUGAGCUCUUCUUCAGAAGUCCAUUCACCACCAAAUAUCGGAUUAAGACGCAGUGGUCAAAUUGAGGGUGUUAGACAGAUGCAUAGAAAUGCUCCGAGAAGCGAAAUAGCAACUGAAAGAGAUCUUGUCGCUUGGAGUAGAAGAGUGGUUGUUCCUGAGCUCUCUACUGGAGUAUUAAGUAAACAGGAAGAAUGGAGAACUGCAAAAGGAGAAGAGGAAAUAAGGAUGUACAAAGAAGAAGAUAAAAGGAAAACCAUUACAAAUCAUGCUGUUAGAGAAAACAAAGUUUCCUAUUCUAAGAACCACUCCCUGGAACUGUUACUGGACAAUGGAGACUCUAAAAAGCAAUCAUCCACUUCAAACAACUGCCACACCCGAGCUACCCUUGAAGAACAAGCAGGUCCUACUGAAGAGGUUGAAAAUAGUUCAUCAGAUGAAGCUGAUGUUGAGAGCGAAGCAAUAGCUGCUAGUGGGGCAACGUCUGAAGAGGGUGAAAAGCGAGAAUGGCAUAGUGAUGGGAGCUCCAGUGACUAUUCAAGUGAUUACUCGGACUGGACUGCAGAUGCUGGAAUCAACCUGCAGCCACCAAAGAAAACACUGAAACAUAGAACAAAGAGAGCAGAAAGCAGCUCUGAGGAUGAAGAAAAGUCUGACAAGUUUAAACAAAAGCAGAAGAAGGAAAGAAAGAAAGGAAUGGAUGAGAAAGAUGGACCAUCUUCACCAAAGAAAAGAACACCCAAAGAAAGAAAGCAAAAGCGACUACCAAUUGGAGAGCUGACUGAACAAGGCCUCUCCCUAGAAGAAUGGCUACCAUCUGCUUGGAUUACAGACACUGUUCCUAGACGUUGUCCUUUUGUUCCACAAAUGGGUGAUGAGGUUUACUAUUUUCGGCAAGGUCAUGAAGCAUAUGUUGAGAUGGCAAAGAAGAACAAGAUCUAUCGAAUUAAUCCCAAAAAACAGCCUUGGCAUAAAAUGCAGUUAAGGGAGCAAGAGCUCAUGAAAAUUGUCGGAAUAAAGUAUGAAGUUGGACUACCCACACUGUGCUGCCUCAAGCUUGCUUUUUUGGAUUCAGACACUGGUAAACUGACAGGCGGAGCCUUCACAAUGAACUGCAGUAUCUACAUCCCCAUGGUACCUGUGCCCCCCAAUGUAAGAGAAGAGAAAAUGAUUUAUUGGUACCAUGACAUGCCGGAUGUGAUAGACUUUUUGGUUCUCCGUCAGCAGUUUGAUGAAGCAAGACGCAGGCAGUGGAGCAUAGGUGACCGGUUCCGAUCUGUAAUUGAUGAUGCUUGGUGGUUUGGAACUAUUGAAAGCCAAGAACCACUUCAUCAGGACUAUACAGAUAGUUUAUUCCAAUGCUACAAUGUUUGCUGGGACAAUGGAGACACUGAAAAAAUGAGUCUUUGGGACAUGGAACUUGUACCUGAUAAUGCUGUAUUUCCAGAAGAGCUUGGCACAAGUGUCCCACUAACAGAAGGUGAAGUUCGCUCAUUGCUUUAUAGAAGUCUUGAUGGAGAGUGGGGUUGCAGAAGCAGAGAUGAAGAGUGUGAUAGAAUUACUGCUGGGAUCAAUCAGUUGAUGACACUAGAUAUUGCCUCAGCAUUUGUGGCUCCUGUUGACCUCCAAGCCUAUCCAAUGUAUAGCACUGCUGUGGCCUAUCCAACUGAUCUAAGUACAAUCAAGCAACGGCUAGAGAACAGAUUUUACAGGCGACUUUCUACAUUAAUGUGGGAGGUGCGUUAUAUAGAACAUAAUACACGCACAUUUAAUGAACCAGAAAGUCCCAUUGUGAGAUCUGGCAAGUUUGUCACAGACGUCCUACUGCACUUUAUAAAAGACCAGUGUUGCUAUGAUAUCAUUCCACUGUACAACAAUUUGAAGAAGAAGUUAUUGUCAGAUUCUGAAGAGGAAGAAGAGAAAGAGGCAGAUGUACCUGGAACUUGCACAAGAAAAAGGAAGGAGUACCAACCAAGACGUAAACUGCGCAGCACAGCACCAUCCUACGAUUUGCUGUCCUGGAAGAAGCAAUGUCAGGAACUGUUAAAUCUAAUUUUCCAGUGUGAAGAUUCAGAGCCUUUUCGUCAGCCAGUUGACCUUCUUGAAUAUUCUGAUUACAGAGACAUUAUUGACACUCCAAUGGACUUUGGCACAGUACGUGAAACCUUAGAGGCUGGAAACUAUAAAACUCCCUUGGAGCUUAGCAAGGAUGUGAGGUUGAUUUUCAGCAAUUCAAAAUCUUACACUCCAAGUAAAAGAUCAAAGAUCUACAGUAUGAGUUUAAGACUUUCUGCUUUCUUUGAAGAAAGAAUGAGCAACAUUUUAGCUGACUAUAGGUCUGCUUUGCGAUUUCACAAAAGAAAUACUAAAACUAAAAGCAGAAGGAAAAGGAACAGAAGCAGUUCUUCCAGCAGCAGUGCUGCAUCCAGUCCUGAAAGAAAAAGGCGAUAUAUCAAACCACAAACAAACUCAGAAAACACUACCGUCUCCCCUGCAUCGGUGCACCAACGCACAGUUGCUCACAAGGUGCCAAACACACUGGUAAAUGGCAAGACAACGGAAUCAAGUGCUUUGGCCAGGUCAAGGAGUUACAGACGUCACAUAGAGUCUGCUGUACCUGAGCAACCAACCACAUCUGGAACACCUAAACAACUGAAUGUAAAAUCUAAUCAUUCAACAGUGGCAGCAAAAUCAGCUAUGAUAGAAAAUGCCACAAAACUUCACAAAAACCAGAAUGCAAGUCCCAACCAGGCAUCCAAUCACCUAACCAAGAACAAUGUGCCCAAAGGAAAGCUGGAGAAAGAUAAACCAUUCAAACAAAGGAUGAAGGCGUCUUCAAGCAUGGCCCUACCUGCUGACAGAAAAGAGAUUUUGAAUCAAGUAAGCAGCAUUCAAGUUAAUGGACACAGCAGUCAGCCACUCAAGCCAAUUGUGAAAGGUCGGCCUGGUCGUAAACCUAAAGUCAUCCUUAACAACAUAGAUAAAUGUGAAACAAACACAGUUGAUCAGGUGGUACCCAAGAAAAGGGGGAGGAAGCCUAAAUACCCAAGGAAUGAAGGUCUACCAAGCGCCCCACAAGAGCCCCAAAAUUCUGUUGUGGAAACAGGUAAAUUUAAGGAUCAUCCUGCUCCCUCCACUUGUAACUCUCAUGAAGCUCUAUAUAAUAAAACUGAGAAUGAGGUACCAAAAAAACGAAGGGGUAGGAAACCUAAGGUAAAGACAGAGCCUGGUAAUGUUGCUGCUGUUACUCCAGCACUAUCGGCACAUGAGCUUGAAAGAGAGGAGACCAUCAAAAUACAGACCAGAAGCAAAUGUAGAAAGUCAGACCAGCCAGAGGAUGAAUCUUUGGGUGAGUCUUUAUCUGAAGACAUAAACAAUACCGAAACCCAAAUAAGAACUAGAAAUCAGGGGAAGAGGACUGCCUUUUAUAAUGAAGAAGAUUCGGAGGAAGAACAAAGACAGCUGCUUUUUGAAGACACUUCUUUGACGUUCGGUACUUCACGUAGGGGUAGGGUACGGAAAUUGACAGAAAAGGCAAAAGCAAAUUUAAUUGGCUGGUAACUGUUCACCAGCUGUGCAUUUAAAGACAUAUUUAAAGCAGCUCUGUUGUAGACAUGAUUGGAAAUAUAUCAGCUCCUUUGCUGCUACCAUGGAUUGAGAGUUCUUGGUCUUGACCAUGUUUAUAAAGUGAAAUUAUAUCUCGCUAAUUUCAUUUGACUUCAAAGAAAGUAAGGUUAUACAUUUCAGAAUUCAUAUACAGUAGCUCAAAAAACAGACAACGCUAAGUCAUAUGCAAAUGUUCAAAAUGGUUAAUGUUUCUUUUUUGACCAAUGACCGUACGCUGCAUUGGAUGCAGAUAUUGCAUCCAUGUGGGUUUAUUGUAAUGGUAAUUAUUCCAGAAGUCUGUUUAAAGUGAAAACAAAUGUGAUAUUAGCACAUUUUUUUCCUUUAAAAAAUGCUGAGUUCUAAUAGUAAUGCUAACAAACCAGGCUUAUGUGUUUGCACACAUUGGCAUUGAAAUAACAAUAUACUAUAUAUAUUUCCCAGUAUAUAUUUAUAUAUAUUCACUUAUAUAUCCACAUUGGAAAGUAUUUCAUUUAUGUCUAAUUUUUCAGACCUUGAUACUUGUACCCAUGCCUAAAUCAGUUUAAAUCAGUUUAUUGUGCCAAAGACUGAGACUGAAUACAGUUAAAGCCUGAAAUUUCUGACUGUCACAAUUGCACACAAUGUUUGUGUAAAUAACAUAAAUACAGAACAAUGUGUAUAUUAACCUUAAGGUAUCGUAAGCUGUGCUCACUUACCCUGUAUUGGUACUUUUUGGUUUAAAAAAAAAAAAAAAGAUGCAGUGGCAUCUUUUUAAAGACUUUUUAGAAUAUGUAAACAAUUCUCUAGGGGUUUAAAUUAAACUUUUCCUGGAAAUUCACCAUAAAUGUGUUAGCAAUACUGUUUUAUUGCUAUGACUAUGUUGCCUUCUCGCUGUUUUAUUAGUUAAUAACAAAUGGACAGAGCUGUUUUUAAUAGUCUUUGGUUGUUUUUUCUACCUUAAAGAUGUUUGUUUGAUAUCCUUUGCAGUUCGAUAGUAACGCGGUACAUUACAUAUGCCGCUGCAACACCUUGAUGCAAAUAUUGUAAGAUACAAUCUAAUGCUAAAACUUCAUUUAGUCCGCUAUUCAUUAGUACUGUAUGGUGGUAAUCAAUGUUGCAGUGCUAAUGUUUUGAAAUAUUUGUUUCAUAGGGAAACUACAAAACUACCUUUUUAUUUGUUUAUAUCUUUGUUUAUUUCAAUAAUGUUAACUUGCAUAGAACAUGUGUGUAUGUGUAUAUAAUAUUAUAUGUAUGUGUACUUACACAUAGAUUUACACACAUUAUGCAUUUAUAAUCCAGAUAUGAAAUCCUGUACAUGACUUUUUAGAAAGUGUUUGAAUAUAAACCUUAUUUUAAACAUGUCGUCCGGUAGUUUGAUUUUACAGGCUGAUAGUAUCUUCCCCAUUACUGAAAGGUCGCGUAAUUUUUCUUGUUUUUUUUUUUACUAAGAAAUGUCAAUGUACACUGUUUUUAUUUUAUUUUACUCUGGCCUCUGAUGUUCAUAACAUCAAAUGAAAAUGAAAGAAAAAUCUGAUUAAA